CUCAACCCGCCCCCUCCGUCCUUCGCGCGCACCGCCGACUCGCGCCUCCCCUACGGCCCCUUCCCCUACAUGGCGCUCACCUCGAAAGGCUCCCACCUCGACGCCGGCUUCCCGCUCAUCGCGCCCGCCUUGAGCAACGCGGCCCCAGGGCAGCCUCACCCCUUCGCGACGCACGACAUCCAAGAAGCCGACUGGACCAGGUUCCUCGAGGAUAUCGCGAUCGCCGCGCUCUUGAAGACGAGUCAACGCGUCGUCGCGGGGUUGGUCCCGCUCGCGCUGCACGUCGGCCUCGCGGGCAUCUUCGUCUCGCUCGCGAUGGAGCGGUACAUGAAGAAACGCAAGGGAGGCGUCGUCGGCGAACUGAUCGACAUCUGGAACUCCCGAUUCUUCAACCCGCGCCGGAUGGAUGUCGUCCUUGCCUUGGGUGAGACGCGGUUCAGCGGUCGAGGGGAUGGACCACUCCCGGACCGUGACCAGCAGUUAGAUUACAUCCCUCCAGGCACGAGUGAUAUUCAUCUAGAGGAGGAUGAUCGUCAGUCGAGGAAACGAGCACGCCGAGAGCUGAAACAGCGGAAGAGAAAA